AUGAUACUCAGGGCGCGGUCAUUACCCGUGGCACGGCAGCGCAUUAGGCCAUCUCGCCUGGUCGGCAGGUUCCGCGGCUUGGCAACAGUGUCAAACGGCAUAGAGGCCUACGAUGUCGUCGUUAUCGGAGGUGGUCAUGCUGGAUCAGAGGCAUGCGCUGCAGCUGCGCGAUCCGGGGCCCGCACUGCAUUGGUGACACCGUCACUAUCGAACAUUGGUGUUUGCUCGUGCAAUCCCAGUCUUGGUGGAAUCGGCAAGGGCACUAUGAUUCGCGAGAUCGAUGCGAUGGAUGGUGUUGCUGGACGUAUUAUCGACAAGGCGGGCAUCAUGUUCCGAGUCUUGAACCGCUCCAAGGGUCCGGCUGUAUGGGGACCGCGCGCGCAAAUCGAUCGCGACUUGUACAGGAAGCAUAUGACGGAGGAGUUGGUCAAUACGGAAGGUCUCAAUAUUGUGGAGGGCAAGGUCGCCGAUAUUGUGCUCUCGAGGGAAGGCCUCGAGAACACUCCUGGUGCCCAGGGAAAGAUUGUUGGUGUGCGCUUGGAGUCUGGGGAGGUUAUUCCUACCGGCCGCGUGGUCAUCACGACAGGAACUUUCUUGGGAGGCGAGAUCCACAUCGGACUGGAGAGCUAUCCUUCGGGACGAAUGGGAGAGGCGCCAACUUAUGGGUUGAGCAAGUCUCUUCGUGAGGCUGGCUUCCAGCUGGGCCGGUUAAAGACCGGAACACCGCCGCGGUUGGACAUGAAGUCAAUCGACUUCUCUGGAUUGGAGAUUCAGCGCGGUGAUUCGCCGCCUAUGCCCUUCUCCUAUCUCAAUUCGACAGUUGAUGUUGGUGAUGAGGGUCAACUCACUUGCUGGUUGACCCACACGAAUGAGGCAUCUCACGAUAUCAUCCGGGCCAACCUGGAGAACUCUAUACAUAUUCGCGAGACAGUUCGUGGUCCACGGUAUUGCCCAUCGUUGGAGUCCAAGAUUAUUCGAUUCAAGGACAAGACACAGCAUCAGAUCUGGCUUGAGCCGGAAGGCUUCGCGCCGAAUGAUGUGGUCUAUCCGAACGGCAUUUCGAUGACCGUCCCCGCGGAUGCUCAAUAUGCUAUGUUGCGGACUGUUCGCGGUCUGGAGAAUGUGAAGAUGCUCCAGCCAGGCUACGGAGUGGAAUACGACUAUAUUGAUCCACGCAAUCUGUUGCCAACCCUAGAAACCAAGUUGAUCAGUGGUCUCUACUUGGCUGGCCAGAUCAACGGUACCACUGGCUACGAGGAAGCAGCUGGUCAGGGUAUCAUCGCUGGUAUGAACGCUGGACUGGCCUCUCAGAAUCGGGGAUCGAUGACGCUUACGCGCUCGGACGGCUUCAUCGGUAUCAUGAUUGACGACCUUAUCACCAAGGGAGUGUCAGAGCCGUAUCGGAUGUUCACGACUCGAAGUGAAUACCGCAUUUCUACCCGCUCUGACAAUGCCGACCUACGUUUGACUCGUAUGGCUCGCGAAGCUGGUGUCGUUGGCGACAAGCGCUGGCAGCAGUUCUGCGACACCGAGGGCCAGAUCCAGGAGCUUCAGGCUCUCCUAGAGAACACGAGGCUCUCUUCAACCGCCUGGUCUCGCAAGGGCUUCAAGGUUCGUGCGGAUACCUCAAUCCGCUCAGCUCUCGACAUCCUAUGUCUCGACGGAGCCGACAUCGACGCCUUGAUUCCACACAUUGAUGCUACGAACGGCACGGCAUACAAUCCUGCAUCAUUCGCACCCGAGAUCCGCACCCGCGUCGCUAUCGAAGGACGUUAUGCCCCGUACCUCAAGCGACAGGAGAAGAUGGCCCAGAGAUUCCAGCAGGAUGAGAAUUUGACCUUGCCUGCCGACCUGGACUACAGCAAGAUCUUCGGUAUCAGCAACGAGGAGAAGCAAGCACUUGAACGAGUGCGCCCUUCCAGUGUCGGCAUGGCCAGACGCAUUGAAGGUGUCACGCCUGCCGGUGCUCUCCGUCUUCUGAUGCAUGUGCGGAAGGCUACUGGGUUCAGCAGGGAGAUUUCUCAGGAUCCUGCUGUGACAGAGAUUUUAGGGUCGUCGCCUUAG